AUGGCUCUCACCAAGCUAACUGACAAGACGCCUGUGCAGAUGAAGACAGUUGGGAAGGAACAAGAGUUGAUGGAGAAAAACAAUAGUUUUCUCCAAAAUACUGAUGCAGCUGAAGGCACAAUGCAGAAUUUGCUAAGGGAAUUUACCAAAAUGGACCGCAUCUUGGACAGAUCAGAUGAUGAGGACAUUUUCUCUGAAAACCCUCCAACUGACUUCCUUCAUGAUUUGGAAACUGAAAAAUGGGAUGUGUUGGAGCUGGAGGCUGAGCGUGACCAUGACCUACAGAGUGAACCGGAUGAGCUAGAAAAAGAUCACGUUCCCCAUGAAGAUCCCCAAGCAUCCACUUCUUUGCAGUUUUCAGAGAAGAACAUCCCUCAACUGAGUCAGGAGAAUGUGUUCUUCCAGCUAAACCACUGGAAUACACAGAUGGGUCUACAAGUGAAAGAACUUGGAGCUGAUCACAUAGGCUGGAUGGAGAAAAUUAAAAAUAUUAUACAAAAAGUAAAUCUAACAGAAAACACAGUGAAGAGCUUAUUAAGUGAUGUGAUGUCCCUGGAAGGCCAAAUUGAAAACCUGGGAUCACAUCAGGACCUUGACCCUGAGGAGGGGGUAAACAUGGAGGAGAAGAUCAUGGAAAUUAAAAGGCAGUUAGGAGAAAUGGAUAACAAAUUUGUCCAGGCUGAUGCUUGCAAUGAAGCUCAUGAAUUAAAGGAGAAACUCAUUGCAAGAAUAGAGAACUUUUGCAAGGGCAUGACUCUACUAAAUACAAAGCUAGGGAUAUACCAGAUGCAAGGAGAGAAGACAGAGUCUCAGAGCCCUGAAGAAAUGGGCAGUGAAGAAAGGGAGCCCCUGCUUCCUCAGGCUCCAAUACCCGCCUUAGUGCAGAACUCUCCUCCCCGCAUUACAAUGUGGAAACGUGCCUUGAAGAUUUUCAUCUUGCUUUAUGUGGUCAUCUUCACUGGACUUUCUUGCUACAUACUACUUUUUGACGCUACAUUUAUCUUUGAAAGGAUACUCCCUACAAUUCUUGGGCGCCGCAGAAUGUGGGAACUAAGGGAGAUUAUCGCACCAUUCUUGAAUUUGGAAGUGGAAGACUUGUUACCCUCCUAG